GGUCGAGCUGGCCGUCCUGAGGAAGUGCGAGAGUUCGCCUCUCGCCCCGGCCGCUCAGGCGGUGGUAACGGGUGCAGAAGGGGCGCGCGUGGGGGAGGGGCGGCCGCGCCCUUAGUCUGUGGCUUUAGCGAUGGACGCGCGGCUGGCGUCGUCCUUUCGAGGACAACUGGACUGGCGGUCCCUAUCUGGAUAGACUGAAAAAUCAAGAAAUAUGUCUAAGCAACAACCAACUCAGUUUAUAAAUCCAGAAACACCUGGCUAUGUUGGAUUUGCAAAUCUUCCCAAUCAAGUUCACCGAAAAUCAGUGAAAAAGGGGUUCGAGUUCACACUGAUGGUUGUUGGUGAAUCUGGUCUAGGAAAAUCAACUCUCAUAAACAGCUUAUUCCUGACUGAUCUCUACCCUGAAAGAAUUAUACCUGGAGCUGCAGAGAAAAUUGAAAGAACUGUCCAGAUUGAGGCUUCAACUGUUGAGAUUGAAGAGCGGGGUGUGAAGCUUCGGCUUACAGUAGUGGACACACCUGGUUAUGGGGAUGCCAUCAACUGCAGGGAUUGUUUUAAGACAAUUAUCUCCUACAUUGAUGAGCAGUUUGAACGCUACCUACAUGAUGAGAGUGGACUGAACCGACGGCACAUCAUUGAUAACAGGGUUCAUUGUUGCUUCUACUUCAUCUCACCUUUUGGACAUGGACUGAAGCCCUUGGAUGUUGCAUUUAUGAAAGCGAUACACAAUAAAGUGAACAUUGUGCCUGUCAUCGCGAAAGCUGACACUCUAACUCUGAAGGAGCGUGAGCGGCUAAAAAAAAGGAUCUUGGAUGAAAUUGAAGAGCAUAACAUCAAAAUCUAUCACUUACCUGAUGCAGAGUCAGAUGAAGAUGAAGAUUUUAAAGAGCAGACUAGACUCCUCAAGGCCAGUAUUCCAUUCUCUGUGGUUGGCUCCAACCAGUUGAUUGAAGCCAAAGGCAAGAAGGUCAGAGGUCGUCUCUACCCAUGGGGUGUUGUGGAGGUGGAGAACCCAGAACACAAUGACUUCCUGAAGCUUAGAACAAUGCUCAUCACCCACAUGCAGGACCUACAGGAAGUGACCCAAGACCUUCACUAUGAAAACUUCCGUUCUGAGAGGCUGAAGAGAGGCGGCAGGAAAGUGGAGAAUGAGGACAUGAAUAAAGACCAGAUCUUACUUGAAAAGGAAGCUGAGCUCCGGCGCAUGCAGGAGAUGAUCGCGAGGAUGCAGGCGCAGAUGCAGAUGCAGAUGCAGGGUGGUGACAGCGACAGCGGCACGCUCGGGCACCAUGUGUGAGGCGGCGCUUUGAUGUUAGAAACACUCUUGGAUAAAAAGAAAGUCUCCCUGAUAAGUGCUACAGCAUCAUGUUUCUUCACACCCAUGGAAGUGUGUCCAUCCACAUUUGAGUACCUGUGCCUGAAGAUUGCAGUUUUUUUGGCUUUUUUUUUUUUAACUUUUGAUUUUGGGUUUUAUAUCUUUUUCUUUUUUUUAAUCUUAAUUCUUUGGUAUAAAGUACUUUAACAUUUAUAUUUCAUUGCUAUAUUACAGUUUAUAUUUUCUGAGGUAACUUCUGAAUUUUUUCCUCCUUAACCAUUAAUGUUAGAAUUUAUUUCUAAGAAUCAGUCAACAUGUAUACUCUUAAUAGUGAAUUUCUUUGAUUUAGCUGGCCUGACUAAUCAUUAACAAGUACUCCUGAUUUAUAUCUAGACAUUUUUAUUUGCUCAAAAUGUUCUGUGUGGUGGACAUGGUGACAGAGGUGGCUGUGCAUAUUGGUGGCAGGAUACUUGCUUAUUAGAAUGAAGUCACUGUUAACUUUAUUUAUGCAGAACACCCAAAACUAAUUUUGCUGCUGCAGCUAAUACGGUUAAUUCAUCUGCACAUUUAUCUGUUAACCAGGUAAAACAGGGGAGUUUAUCUAAUGAGAUACAUGUUUAUACUUAAAUAGCUUUUAAAAAGCAGGAUUUCAGGGUUGAAUUUUAAGAGCUCUGGAUUCUAGUGCCAGGUCAUUUUCAAACCUCUGUAGAGAACUCACUACAAGGCCUUUAUACUGUGGACGCAGACUCUGCUGUGGAGAGAAGCAAAGCAGCUAUGAGCUACAGCUUCAUGUUGUAUCAAGACUCUUUACACACUAAGAGUCAGUAAACUUUUUACUCAACUAAAAAGGCAAUACUUUUUUAAGAAACCAAAAUGUUUAUAUUUUAUAGUGCACUUUAAUGUACUUUCUAUAACUAGGUGCAAAAGAUCUGCCAUGGCAGUGGAAAUCAUGGUCCUUGGCUGGCAUGGAUCUGAAUCCAGGCUUGUGAUUGGGUAGUGCUCCAUUUGAUGCCAAAAUGCCUGCCAGGUUUCCCUCUAACUCUUCCCUUUUUCAGUGAUUUUCUAUCAAAAGGAAAGUAGCAGUUUUUUGUUUUUAAUGUGCAGACUGUCUCAUCUGUUUUCAGCCACUGUCACUUUUUCCCUAGUUUGUAUAGCAGAAAUGUCUUCAUGACAUGAAUGAAAGGCACUUCAGAUCUGUGCUGCAAGCAGGUGAUCAGAGCCAUGCUUGGUUUAUAUUCUGGCCAGACUUCUCGCACCUACCAUGUCUUCUAAUGUCAGUUAACAGUCUUAGAAAGGGGCAAGUAAAGGAGACAGUGGUGUGGAGGAAGCAAAGCAGGUGCUAGUUUAGUGCUUGGUUGAUGAUGAGGUAGGGAUUUAUGUGUAAUUCAGGCAAAAAGUCAAUAGUACUAAUGAAAUGAAAAAUAGUACUAAUGAAAUGAAACUUAAAAUUUGUUAGUUAAAAAUUACAGAAAAUACGAUGUUUGCUUGCUUUCCUCUUUUAUUAUUCUAUCACUGUGAAUGGUCAGGGGGAUUCAUUGUGUGUAGUUCCUACUAAGAAAAGUAUUGAUGACUUUAGAGUGCAUCCAUGCAGUCCUUUGUUUGGGUUAUUCUGACAUUAAGUUUGUUGGAAAAAGAAUUGUUUUUUUUUUUUUGGUUUUGUUUUGUUUUGUUUUUCCUUUCUUUUUAAAAAAGCAUUUCCAAGCAUUCAGUGUAAGCCCUGUGUUUGUGAGUUUGCCACUUAGAGCCAGCUGAUAUCCAAGGAUUGCAGUGUAUAUUAUGAGGUAUGGCAGCCCACAGUUCUAAUCCUCUUCAGUUUUCUGCCCAAAUCUAAACAUACACAUUUGCUAACAAAUAUUUGCUCUUUCACUAAGAAGUAACCUGUACCUAUAGAAAUGUAUUUUGAAAAUAUUUUACACUUCAACUUUGUAUCCAUUUAAACUAACCCUUUUUCAAUAAAGCACUAUUGUUUAGAUAAUAAA